AUGAAGCACACACUGGUGGCUGUGCUUUUCCUCAUGCAGGGCACGAGUGCUCUGGCUGAGACGACAGCAGCAACAGGAGUGACUGGUCAUCUCAGUACGAUGCUUCCAUAUCUGACUCAGCCUGGGAAUACGAAUGGCAAAUUGCUCCCUUCCCCAAAGCUCUUUGCCAACGUGUCCGGCUCUGUGAAUGAGGGAACUUGUCAGUGCUCUGUGUACUUGCCAGAUACCACCUUUCCAGUGCAGAAGGCUGAGCAACUGGAAAUUAUAGCCACAACGCUCUCGGAGAAGUUUGAGGCAGAGCUUUCUAAAGUUAGGGAGUACUCAAAAAGAAUUGAACUGUAUCAGCAGCAAAUCCUCAAUUUAACCAUCAGAGUGCAGCAAGUGGAGAUGGGCAGUGUAUCUUACACAGAGCUGGACUUCCAGUUACUGAAAGUGGAAAUCAGUGACCUGGAGAAGCUGGUCACUCAGCUGAAACCCAGCCUUGUUGGAAGCAAUGCCAUCGUUGAGCAAAUAUAUUUGGAGAUCACCAAUCUGACUAUACUGGUAAAUGAACUAGAGUCACUGGACAAAAACAAUGUCCUUGCAAUUCGUCGACAAAUUGUGUCCCUGCAGAAUCGGUUGAAAGAGUGUGAAGAGAACGCAACCAGAACUACACCACCUCCUUAUUUCCCACCAGGUACCUGUGUUCACCGUGGACCGAUGAAUGUUAGCCAGCCUUAUGUUGCCAAGCUGAACUGGAGAGGAUUUUCCUACAAAUAUGGUUCCUGGGGUAGAGAUUAUGAUCCCUCUAACCCAGAGAAUGACGUCUAUUGGGUUGCACCAUUGAACACCGAUGGUAGAUACUUAGAAUACUUUAGAAUUUAUAAUUCUUUUGAUGAUUUGCUGCUGUUUAAAUACACGUAUGAAAGGAGAGUAACGUAUGGGGAAGGAAGUGGUGCUGCCCUUUAUAAAAAUUAUUUGUACUAUCAUUAUUAUGGUUCCAGAUAUAUGGUGAAGCACAAUAUAAACACAAACACUGAGGUUUUGAGGAAGGAGCUUCCAAAUGCUGUUAUUGGUAACCGUUUCUCUUAUGCAGGCGUAGCAUGGCAGGACAUAGAUUUUGCUGUGGAUGAAAGUGGGUUAUGGGUAAUAUAUUCAACUGAAAAUAAUGUGGGCAACAUUGUGAUUAGCAAGCUCAAUGAGACCACACUUGAUGUGCUAAAUACUUGGCAGACGAGACAGUACAAGCCAUCUGUUUCCAAUGCUUUCAUAGUAUGUGGUGUUCUUUACGCCACAAGGCCGUUGAACACUAAGAAAGAGGAGAUCUUCUACAUGUAUGACACAAGUACUGGCCGAGAAAACAGAUUGAGUAUCAUCAUGGAUAAAAAGUUAGAUACAAUCCAGAGUAUUGAUUACAGCCCCAUAGAUCAGAAACUGUAUGUUUACAGUGAUAGUUACCUUGUAAGAUACGAUGUGACUUUUCAGCCUUAG